CCAAUCCCUGCUGAAGAAGAAAAGGAAAUUUCCUCGCUUUUAGAAAGCAUAAAAAUAGAUGAGGAAAAGAUGGUAGAUUUAACAGAAGAACAGAAGGAAACGUUAAAGAAGCUGAAACUAUACCAGAAAGAAUAUUAUGACUAUGAAUCAAAAUUUGAAUAUGAAUUAUUUCUAUUAAGACAGAAAUAUCAUGACUUAUAUGGGCCAAUUUAUGAUAAAAGAAGAGAAGCAUUAGUAGGAACAGGUGAAGCAAAAAUAGGCACACCUAAUUUACCAGAAUUUUGGCUAAGAGCUUUAAGAAAUAAUAAUACAGUAAGUCAUGUAAUAGAAGAUCAUGAUGAAGAAAUUUUAGUUUACUUAAAUGAUAUUCGAUGUGAUUAUAUAAAAAAAAAUAAAGAAAAAAAAGAGGGAUUUAUUUUAUCAUUUCAUUUUGCUUCAAAUCCAUUUUUUAGCAACACAGUUUUAACCAAAACAUAUCAUAUGAAAUGUGUGGAUUGUGAUAACGAGCCUGUUUUAUUACACACGGAAGCUACGGUCAUUGAUUGGUAUGACAAUAAAAAUAUUUUAAAAAAACAUGUAGUAAAAAAACAACAUAAUAAAAAUUCAAGAGAAGUUAAAACAGUACAACAAACAGUUAAUCGGGAUAGCUUUUUUCAUUUUUUUACAAGUCAUAAAGUUCCUAAUUCCAAUGUGAUAAAACAAUUAAGUAAACAUGAAGUAGCUCAGUUAGAAAUGAUAAUAGAAGGAGACUAUGAAGUUGCCUUAACGAUUAAGGAAAGAAUUAUUCCAUAUGCCGUUGACUAUUAUUUGGGUAUAAUUAUUGAAAGUGAAAGUAACAGUAUUGUUAGUGAUGUAGAUAGUAGUUAUAGCAGUAGUGAAAACAACAGUAAUUACAAUAGUUAUGAAAGUAAUAACAGUGCAUAUAAUGAUGAAAAUAGUAAUGUAGAUACCAAUGAGUAUGAUGAUAAUGAAGAAGAUGAGGACGAAGCAGCCAAGAGUAAUGAAGAGCCACUUACAUCAUAA